AUGUUUCGCCACAACAGGUCCGGCAAGUUUGACGACGAGCCGCGACUGGAUGAUGUCUCUGCCGAAGACGCUCCGGCAUAUCAGCAGCAGUAUGGAGUGCGCAGCGUGGACAACAGUGAUCAAGGCUUGAUCGACCCAGAUUCAGGUGUCAAGCGCGGGUUGAAAAAUCGCCAUCUGUCCAUGAUGGCACUCGCCGGUAUCAUUGGUCCCGGUUUGCUGGUUGGCUCAGGAGGCGCGUUGAACAGCGGAGGGCCAGCGUCUCUAAUUAUUGGAUUUGGUGUUAUCGGUAUCAUUGCUUUCUCAGUCAUGCAAUCUCUGGGUGAAAUCACCACUCUGUACCCGGGUGGUGGCGCCUUUGUCUCGCUAGCUGAGCGCAUGGUCGACAAGUCAUUCUCCGUGGCCGUUGGUUGGAACUAUUUCAUCAUCUGGGCCACCGUCUUGGCCAGCGAGUACAACGUCAUCUGCAGCAUUCUCAAUUUCUGGGCACCUGGGGUUCCUCUCUGGGGCUGGUUCCUUAUUCUGUGGACCGUAUUCUUGGCCUUUCAAAUCAUUGGAGGCAUCACGGCCUUUGGAGAAGCAGAGUACAUCCUGGCGCUCAUAAAGAUCCUUGGUCUAACAGCCUACUUCAUCUUUUCCAUUGUAUAUGCGUCUGGCGGGCUCAUUGGCCAGGACGGGGCCAUUGGAUUUCGAUACUGGCAUCAUCCUGGAGCCUUCAACGGUCAUGGCUUCCGAGGAGUUGCCACUGUGUUUGUCUUUUGCUCUACAUUUUAUGCUGGAGUAGAGUCUGUUGCUGUUGCCGCCACGGAGACGAGAAAUCCGGGUGUUGCAGUUCCGCGGGCUAUCCGUCAAGUGUUCUUCCGCAUCAUUUUUGUCUACAUGGGAUCUGCCUUCUUCUUUGGCCUCACUUGCCCAGCUGAUUCUGACGAGCUGAUCAACGGAGGGGCCAAGGCGUUGCAGAGCCCGAUGACGAUAGCCAUCCAGAAUGCUGGUUGGAACGGAGGUGUUCAUCUCAUCAAUGCUUUCAUCCUCAUCACCUGUCUGUCUGCUGUCAACUCAUCCAUCUAUAUUGGCUCUCGUACCAUCUUAUAUAUGGCGCAGUCUGGAAAGGCACCCAAGAUCCUCGGCUGGGUCAACAAGCGAGGCGUCCCCGUCUGGGCCAUUGUCCUCACCAAUGCCGUCGGUGCCAUUUCUAUGAUGAAUGUCUCAACCGGAGCAUCAAAGGCUUACAGCUACAUCAUCAAUCUUGCUGGACAGCGCCGAGUAAGCGAUUUGCCGUUCAAGAGCAUGUUUUACCCUUACAGUCCCUACUUUGGAGUCUUCUUCAACGUCUUCCUCGCGCUGGUGCAGGGAUGGACAACACUGUCUCCGUUUACUGCGGGUAAAUUUGUGGAUGCGUAUAUUCUGCUGCCACUCUUUGGCGUUAUAUACGUGGUGUGCAAGCUGUACUGGAGAGGGGAGGAUCCUUUCAAGAGGAGCUGGGAUAUUGAUUUGGAUAGUGGACGGAGGAACGAUCUUGAUAAGAGCGGCAUUGAGGUAGGAGGAGGAGGGUAUGAGGAGGAGGAGCAGACAAAGAGGGUGCCGCUGUGGAGAAAGAUUUGGUCGUCUCUGUAA